UGGCAGCCCGCACGCCGCAGUGAGUGCGGGUGCGGUCUACGCCACGUGGAUCUACGUGCGUCUACGACUCUGCCUGCGCCCCCCUCCCGUCCCCGCCCCCACAAGGGCCACACCUGCCGAGACUCAGAACCGCUGCUCCGGCGUGCGGGCGCGCAGGAGGGAAGGAAACGGGGACGGUGACGAUGGAGAGGGGGAAGGUGAAGAAGAAAGAGAAGGGCAAGGAGCCGGAGAAAGGAAAGGAGGAAAAAGAGAAAAGGAAGGAGGCGGAGAAGGAGAAAACUAAGGAUAAAGAAAAGGAGAAGGGAAAAGGGAAGGAGGAGAAAAGUAGAAGUAAAGAGGAGGACAAGAAAAAAGAGAGGGAGGUAGAGAAGGAGAAGGAACAAUGUAAGGGAAAAGAGGACGACCACAGAGUCUUGGGAAAGCCCCUGCUGGAGCCGCCGGAGAAAAAUAAUCAUAUCCUAGUGUUGGGCCUCGAUGGAGCAGGAAAGACCAGUGUUCUCUACUCUCUAGCUUUAAACAGAGUCCAGCACAGCGAGGCACCCACCCAAGGUUUCCAUGAAGUGUGCAUCAGCACUGAACACAGCCAGAUGGAGUUCCUGGAGAUUGGUGGUAGUGAACCUUUCCGUUCCUAUUGGGAAAUGUACGUGUCCAGGGGAAUGCUGCUGAUCUUUGUGGUGGACUCAGCAGAUCACAACAGGUUACCUGAAGCCAAGAAAUACCUUCAUCGGCUAAUUAAAAUAAACCCUAUCAUCCCUCUGGUUGUGUUUGCAAACAAACAGGAUCUUAAAACAGCCUAUCACAUUACAGACAUCCAUGAAGCUUUGGCGUUAUCUGACGUGGGAAAUGACAGGACGAUGUUCUUGUUUGGGACCCAAGUGACUGAGAAUGGCUCAGAGAUACCGUCCACCAUGCAAGAUGCCAAAGACCUGAUUGCACACCUGGCUGCACAUCUGCAGUGACUAGGCGAGGCCCACAGUGGCUCACGCCCUAGAAGUCACCAGGGAGUGUUGCAUGGCAGGCUUGAAGCCAAAGGUUUCCACUUUUAAAUAAAAAAUAAGCCAUUUCCUAUUUUCUCAA